UAGCAACAAGAAAUGAAGCCGACUCCCAGUAAGUUUGAGCAAGUGAGCUGAGAAGAUUUUUUUUGAAUCACACCGACCUGAAGAUCCUAAGCAGGAGUCAUGCAUCGUGGGCCUAUCUGCAUUAGGACUAUUCGGCCUAAUUGCCCACCUGUGUUGCUGCAGAGGUUGGGAGAUCAGAGUACCCUGGUGCACGCUGUACUUGUUCCCUUUAAGAAUGGGCUCUCUUCCUUCAACCACCUGUCUGACAUGCUUCUCGGUGUGGAUGCAAAGAUCAUCCUCCCUGUGUCCCAGACCUUUGACAACAUUAGGCAAGAAAUUCUGAAAAUGAACAUGCACUUGGAACAGUCAGAGCAGAUAGCUAGUAAAGAACUUCAGAGACUUGAUAAGGAGACUGAGCAUCUCACUGCAGAGCAAGGGAAUUUGGAGAGUCAGAAAAAGCAGAAAGAAAGUGAGUUAGCAAAUUUGAACAUCCAAUUGGAGGGCUACAGGUCCAAUUUAACAAAUUACAGGAAAGCUCUGGAAACUGAGAGAAGAAACCUUCAGUCUGCACAAAGUACCCUGAAUGACAUGAGACGUAAACAAGAUGAAGCCAAAAGAAUGAGGGAUAUUGGGAUUGGCAUGAUGUUCAUUCCAUUUGGGGGUUGGAUUGCUGGGUCAGUCAUGAUUGGUAUUGGCCAAACUGACCUGGACUCAGCCUCUUGGCAAGUGGACAGAGCAAAAACAGAGGUGGAGAGAUGUGAAUCUCAGCUAAGAUUCUACUCAGAACAAGUGUCUCACUAUGAGACAUUAAUCUCCCAAGCCACGAUGGCCAUCCAGAACGCCAACAGCAGAAUUCAGGAGAUUGGGGCCAAAUUGAAGGAUUUGUCUAUAAAGCGGAAAACUGUUGCAGAUUUUCAGAGUAAAACUAGAAAAGCUGUUCAGCAUCUGGGGCUUCUGUGUGGGGUGGGGAGUGUAGCUGAGCUGCAAACCCGAUAUCUCAUCCUGCUAGAGGCUCUGAUGAAGGUGAUGGAGGAGAUGACGUCGGCUCUGAUGCAGAUGGGAGAUGACCUGCUGCAAGCUGAGGGCAUGAAAAACAUCAUGUUGGAAAUGAACACCAACCAGAGGAAACUGCAAGCAACUUUGCAAAAAGAUGAUUCACACGAUAAAUACUACUGAUACAUUGUACUGCCUCUCUACAACGAAGAUGAAAACAGGAGAUUUUUGAUGUGACUUUGUUUGUCUGAGUUUUAUAAAACAAAACUGACUUAGUUUUUCAUUUUUAAGGCUUGACAAAAGGUAAAUAUUUGAGAAAAUGAUUGUCCCAUAAAAAUCAUUGUUUCAGAAACAUCAUUCAAACAAAAAGCCUGAUUAACAAAACUUGUGACAUCAUUUUUUUAAGAACGUUGCUAAGGUUUCUCUUGUGAUUCUUAAAGAUCAAGCUUUCAUACUAAUCCUUCUAAUCCUUGUAGACUACAAUUUUUCCAUUUUUUUACUGCAGUGGUGAUACAAACAUUGUUACCCUACACAUCUUUGUAAGAGUAAAAUAUAUCAUUAAAUAAAUAUUAAUCAACAU